CCGCCCCGCUCCGCAGAACCCAGCAGGAAGGAGGGCGCGAGCGGCGAGCGCGGGCGGUGGGAGCGGAAAAAGCGCCCGCGCGGGGGAACGAAAAGAAGGAAAGAAAGAAAGAAAACGAGCGCGAGAGGGAGCAAAGCGAGCGAUUGAGCGAGCGCGCGCGCGCGAAAACUCCCGGCAGGUGUGAUAAUGGCAUUGUGAUUAUGUAGGAGAAUGCCCUUAUUCUUGGGAGAUGCAAGCUGAAGAGUUUAGAGUUAAAAUCUCAUAUCUAUAACUUCAAAAGAUGGAUUUCCAGCAACAGACCGGUUUUUUCCCUUACUGCUCUAGCUUCAACGUUCACUGUUGAAAGAAAAGGUUGUUGAAGAAAAGAAUUGUCAGAAAUUGGAAAUAUCCAGCACUUUCAUUUGGACCCUUGGAUGCCCAUUAAAUAGAUGCUUGAGACCUGCAAGUAACCUUCAUAUCAUAGCAGAACCAUAAGGCUUGUCCUUUGUGUGGGGAGGAGAUAAUCCAUGUGCUGUGGAAAUGAACGGGGAGCAGCAUCUUGAUGCAGAUGCUGGAUCUGGUGUGGAAGAAGUGGAAUUAAGCUGGGAAGAUUAUCUAGAAGAGACAGGGUCCAUAGCAGUUCCCUAUGGGUCUUUUAAACAUGUGGACACACGUUUACAAAAUGGAUUUGCUCCUGGGAUGAAACUGGAGGUGGUUGUGAAAACAGAUCCUGAAACCUACUGGGUUGCCACCAUCAUUACCACCUGUGAGCAGUUGCUCCUUCUCCGCUACGAUGGCUAUGGGGAGGACCGGAGAGCGGACUUCUGGUGUGACAUCAGGAAGGCUGACCUCUACCCUAUUGGGUGGUGUGAGCAGAAUAAGAAAACCCUCGAAGCCCCAGAAGGCAUCAGAGAUAAAAGGUCUAAUUGGGCUGAGUUUCUGCAGCAGACCCUGAUGGGAGCUUGUAGUCCUCCUAUUCCGCUGCUAGAGGGCCUUCGUAAUGGGAGGAAUCCUUUAGAUCUCAUUGCUCCGGGAUCCAGGCUAGAAUGUCAAGCUUUCCAGGACUCUUUAAGCACUUGGAUUGUUACUGUAGAAGAGAACGUUGGGGGAAGGCUGAAGCUGCGUUAUGAAGGACUUGAAAGUUCUGACAGUUUUGACCAUUGGUUGUAUUACUUGGAUCCAUUUCUUCAUCAUGUUGGUUGGGCUGCUCAACAGGGAUAUGAGCUUCAGCCCCCAUUAGUCAUCAGACAUCUGAAACAUGAAGCUGAGUGGCAAGAGAUCUUGGCCAAAGUGAAAGAGGAGGAGGAAGAGCCAUUACCAUCUUACUUAUUUAAGGACAAACAGGUGAUCAGCACUCAUUCAUUCUCUGUAAAUAUGAAAUUGGAAGCUGUGGACCCCUGGUCUCCUUUUGGGAUUUCUCCAGCUACAGUUGUUAAGGUCUUCGAUGAGAAGUACUUUCUAGUGGAAAUGGAUGAUUUGCGACCAGAGAAUCAUGCACGACGAUCUUUUGUGUGUCAUGUCGACAGUCCUGGUAUUUUCCCCGUGCAGUGGAGUCUGAAGAAUGGUUUACACAUCAGCCCCCCUCCUGGCUACCCGGGCCAGGACUUUGAUUGGGCCGACUACCUCAAACAGUGUGGUGCUGAAGCUGCUCCCCAGAGGUGCUUCCGCCCGUCAGUUUUUGAGCAUGAAUUUAAGGAGCACAUGAAGCUUGAGGCAGUGAACCCUCUUCUCCCUGAAGAAGUGUGUGUUGCCACCAUUACUGCAGUGAGAGGCUCCUACCUGUGGCUCCAGCUGGAGGGUUCUAAGAAGCCCAUACCUGAGUAUAUUGUGAGUGUUGAAUCCAUGGAUAUAUUUCCUUUGGGCUGGUGUGAAACCAAUGGCUAUCCCCUCAGCACUCCUCGCCGAGCACGAGUGCACAAACAGAGGAAAAUUGCAGUGGUUCAACCAGAAAAACAAAUACCAUCUUCAAGGACUGUCCACGAGGGCGUGAAGAAUCAGGAGCUGAACUCCACAGACUCAGUUAUGAUUAAUGGAAAAUAUUGCUGUCCAAAGAUAUACUUCAACCACCGUUGCUUCUCAGGGCCGUAUCUUAACAAAGGAAGAAUUGCUGAGCUGCCUCAGUGUGUAGGACCUGGGAAUUGUGUCCUGGUCCUUAGAGAGGUCCUCACUUUACUUAUCAAUGCAGCCUAUAAACCCAGCCGUGUCCUUCGGGAGCUGCAGCUGGACAAAGACUCUGUGUGGCACGGAUGUGGAGAAGUCCUAAAAGCCAAAUACAAAGGGAAGAGUUACCGGGCUACUGUUGAGAUAGUGAAAACAGCAGAUCGGGUGACUGAAUUCUGCCGGCAAACCUGUAUCAAACUGGAGUGCUGUCCUAAUCUCUUUGGUCCACGGAUGGUUCUGGAUAAGUGUUCUGAAAACUGCUCUGUACUUACAAAGACCAAAUAUACACACUAUUAUGGAAAGAAGAAAAAUAAAAGAAUUGGGAGGCCACCUGGUGGGCAUAGUAACUUAGCAUGUGCCCUGAAAAAAGCCAGUAAGAGGAGAAAGAGGCGGAAAAAUGUUUUUGUUCAUAAGAAGAAACGCUCCUCUGCAUCUGUUGAUAAUACCCCAGCGGGCUCUCCCCAGGGAAGUGGGGGUGAAGAUGAAGAUGACCCAGAUGAAGGAGAUGAUGAUUCCCUAAGUGAGGACAGUACAUCUGAGCAGCAGGACGAGCUACAGGAAGAGUCAGAAAUGUCAGAAAAAAAGUCUUGCUCCUCCUCACCCACCCAAAGCGAGAUAUCCACGUCGCUGCCUCCAGACAGACAAAGGAGAAAAAGAGAGCUUCACACUUUUUCAUUUUCUGAUGAUGAGAAUAAACCUCCUUCACCAAAGGAAAUAAAGAUUGAAGUUGCUGAAAGGCUUCGCCUGGACAGUAACCCCCUGAAGUGGAGUGUGGCAGAGGUUGUGCGGUUCAUCAGAUCCACCGACUGUGCUCCAUUAGCAAGAAUAUUCCUAGACCAGGAAAUUGAUGGGCAGGCCCUGUUGCUCCUUACCCUUCCCACCGUUCAAGAGUGCAUGGACUUAAAAUUAGGCCCUGCCAUCAAACUUUGUCAUCACAUAGAGAGGAUCAAGUUUGCUUUUUAUGAGCAGUUUGCCAACUGAGAAGGACAACCAAAGUGAGCUGUAUCUUUGAAGCACAAAUGCAGCAAAUCCUUUGCCAUGCUCUACAAAUGGAGCUGAAAUGGUCCUGGGGCUCUGGGCCCUGCAGGUGUCGGCUUGCUCUCUUUGCACUUUCAGGGAAGGAGGACCCAUACUGAGGAAGCAAAAACUGCACAGAAGUGGCUCUCCUGCAGUGGAAAUGUGGGCAUCUCUUGUUCAGCAGAUUGCAGUUAUUAAAAAAUAAAGGUUGUGAAGAAAAGAUUCAUAUAAGAAGAAUAAGCAUUUCCAGUGGUGUGGCCUGAAAACGAAGAAUAAUCUAGGUUGCUGGCAAGCAUCCUUUUGGUUGUUUUCUUUUUGUUCUGUUCCUUCCCAUUGUAGAUUGAACUUUGUUCUCUGCUUUCUCUUUCUUGGAAAGAGAGGACAUAGCUUUAAGUCAGCACUGAUUUGGGACUAUGCCUAAGGCACAUCAGUGCUUCAUUGUCAUUGUGUUUUAAAAAUUUUUUAAAUUAAAACAGUUCGUUUUGGGGAUGAUUAUGUGACUCUAGGGUUUUGAAUGUACAGUCACACUUUGAUCCAUUUUAAAAUCUAUUCUUAGGAGUUCCUUUGUUUACUACCUCUGUUGAUAAUUGAGCUUACAGCCAUGUAUGAGGGUUUUUGUAUGAUGCCAUUUUUAAGCUACAUGAACACUAAAACUAUGACAGAAGUUGGAGGAAAAAAAACACUGUUUGCUUUCUUAAAAACAUUAUGUGAGCACUGACACCAGUUCCUUAACUGACCUGAUCUAAGAACUCUACUGUCAUUGUUUUCCAUCUUGGCCCAGCUUGGGCUCUCUGCUCUAAGUAGUAUCUCAAAGAUUGUUGGUAUUUCAGUUUAAUUGCUCUCUCCCCAUUAGUUUUCAGAGGGACUUCAGUGGCUUUUAUUUUGUGUUUACCUUUCUGUACAGUUGUUUGUCUGUUGCAUUUCUAGAUUCCUCACUUUGGGUAAAAAUCUGUAGGUGUUCCUUGGACCCACAGUAAAGCCCAUUUCCCUUUUUUCUCAGUGUCUCCAGGCAGAUAGUGUAGAAGCACAACAGAGAAAAGUGUUUGAGGAGUGCUGCAGAGCUUGGAGUUUCUGUAAUAGUGUGUCCUCAGUGGUGAAUGAAGAUUGAGAGGUAGUUAAAGAUUCUGGAAACCUCUUUGCCUAGUCACGUUUACACUUUUCUUUGGUUAAACCUUUAAACUGAGUGUAAUCUACAGUCUGAGGAUUCCUACCAAUAACUUGGUUUUCCUUUAGGUGUGUCUUUUGACCCAGCUGAAGCUGACAUGAAACUGCAGGUGAUUUUCACCUAUGAUUGCACGGCUAACUGUUGUAGAAUAGUAGCAUUUGCUGUACUGUUCCAGCCAGGAGGAAUGAGGAAAGACACAUACAUAGAUUGCUUCCUUUAAAUGAUUUGCUUUGCUGAGUGUAUUUUUCUUAAUUAUCCUAGCCACCUGAAAAUUUAUAACCUAAUCAUUCUUCUUCAAGAUUUGAAAAUGUUUUAAAAUUACAAACUGGGUAAAUUCUAAACAACCAUACAAAUACAAAUAUAAGGUAAUAUUAUUACAAAUUUAAACUGAUUGUGAUUUUUUUCCUCCCCCCCUCCACCCCCAGUUGUUUUUAUGGACAUUGGCAAACAUUCUGUAGUCUGGGUCCUCUCUUCAUUGGGUAUAUAUGAACCACCUUAACUCAAGCCCUCAACCAAACCAUACAUUAAAACAUCAACUCUUUGCUUAGGUUACUAUCAGAUAUACCUGGAAAGAAGCUUCCUUUAAGUAAAAGUUAAUAUGUUUGAACUUAGAGAUCCAGUUUUUAAAAAUUUGAUGAAUUCUCUGCUCAUAGAAGCGUGUAUAAGAUGCUUGAGAACAAUUAGUAUUAAGUAGCUAGACUUUUGGGGGGGGUGCGGUAUGUCUUGCAUAAUAAAGUUUUCUGUGAGCUCAGCAGUGAAGGCACAGGCCAAGAGGGUUCCUUGAAGAAGACCAGUGGAGCCAAAAAAAAGCCUAGAAUUAAUUAACAUUGUUGUCUUAUUUAGGAAAAUGAGUUUUAUUUCCUAUAAGAGGGAAUUUGCCAAACGCAACAAUGAGUAUGUAGGGGCCGGCUCAGUGGCGCAGCGGUUAAAGUGCUAGUGAUCUGCUUCGGUGGCCCAGGGUUCGCAGGCCUGGAUCCCGGGUGCGCACCGAUGCACCGCUUGUCAAGUCUUACUGUGGCGGCAUCCCGUGUAAAGUAGAGGAAGAUAGGCACGGACGUUAGCCCAGGGCCAAUCUUCCUCAGCAAAAAGAGGAGGAUUGACAUCGGAUGUUAGCUCAGGGCUGAUCUUCCUCACAAAAACAAAACAAAACAAAACAGUAUAUUGUCUCUCUUUUGACUUCUCCAGAAACCAUAGAAUUUAGAACACCUCCCAUCACAGGUGAAGGGGGCAAAGCCCCUGAAAGGUGAAAGACAUGGCCCUAAGAAGUCUGAUCUGGAUAUAGGAGGGUCCCAACCAGCUUGUCUGUCCAUACCAUGAUUAUUCCAGCUCAGCUUUCUCCUAGAGAGAAGCUGACUUGAAAUAAACAAGUAAGUUGGGUUUCCCUUAAUAUUUCUUGCAUUCUCAUCCUAAGAUAUAGUUUAGUUUAUCAGGCAACUACAUUAAAGAAGAAUUGUAUAUCCCCAGCCCUACUCCCAGAUAUUACAUAAGAGAGGAUAAUUGGGAAUUUGGCACAGGGUAUUUUUUUUAAGUAUAAAAUUUAGACUCCAUUUGCCUCAUAAAGCUCCUGGGGCUGGGCUGGACAGUAGUGACAGUCUGAUUCUGAAACAGAUUUUAAGCCUGACAGUAGCUCACCAUGUUGAGGUAAAAUGUUUGUAUAUUGCACAUAGGUAGAUGAACUUUGUUUUUUAAAGGUACCAACCUCUUAAAUUUAUGAGAAGUACGUUGUAAGGGACCACAUUUGUUUGAAUUUUACCUUCAGCUGGCCCCACAGCCUGCCUGAGGUCAGAAAGUUUUCCAUGAACCAUUUUUGAUCUUGAAUUGACAAGCUUGGAAGCAGGUGAGUGGACUAGACCAUUCUCCUGAACCUUGAAGUUGACUGACCAUAUUAGCCUAGUAUUGCUGUGUUGGUGUGUUAGGGAACCCUUUUACUGCACAUGAAGAUUUGCUGUGACAUUUUGACUAUAUUUUGUGGGCUUCUGGGAACUGUGCUGUUUUCCUUUGUGAAGUACCUUGAUCCUACUCAGUUGAAGCAGAGUUGAAGUGGCUAAUGCAAGGAAUGCACUAAUGGGGGCUUUUACCUAUCUGCCUUUCUUUAGCAAUGUGGGUGGCUUCCAGCAUCUAUGUUAUAGAUAUAUGAGGUCAGGGAAGGAUACUUACCAACCUCUUGAAGAGAUGGGCUUUUUGUUAAAUAUUUAUUGAAUUAUGAUAGAGGCAGAUAUAGAAAACCAGUUCACAACUUGGCCUUUCUAUGCCUCUUCUCCUGGAAGUAAAAUUAUUCUCACUGUGAGAGAGAGGGCAUUGGACCAAAGCUUCCUGAGGACUUGAAUACAUUUUAUUCACUCUUUUAUACCAAUCAGUCACUAAUGUGGUACCUGAAUACAGAUGAAAAGCUUUAGGAGGCCUUAGGUAGGGUAGGACUCAGAAUCGUUCCCCUCUCUCAAGCCAAAAAGCAUUUCUGGGGGACACACAGAACAUCAGGGAAUUGUUAACAGUAGAUAAGAUUUAUCUAGAUGGGGACAUUGGGAAAACUGUCACAGGUACGUAUUUACUUAUCACCUAUCACCAAAGACUGUUACAUUUAAGACACCAUUUACUGGUUUGAUUGAUGCCCACAGAAGCUCUGAGAGAGUUAUUAGGAGCUUAGCUUUGGCAGUGGAAACACACACUGGGUUUGAACUCUGGUCCUGUAUAUUGGGGAUGUGUGUGUGUGUGUGUGUCUGUCAGUUCAGAAGUGUUCUGUGUUAUCAGUUGGCCUUAUGAGGAUGAAGACAUCACUAACAAAUGGAAGUAUAAAUCUUGGUGGGAACCAGGUACCCCCUUUUAAAAUUUGAAUAUCUUUGGUCCUGGGUCCACUGUAAGUAACCAUGUGUCAUAGUCAUGGUGCUGGCUCAGAAACUCUGUAGGGCAGAGUUCCUCCUGCAAAACCAAAAAGAAAUCAAUCACUUUCAUGCAAUUAUAAUUCCUCCUUGAAUUUAUUUACAAUGUUUGCUAGUGAAUUUUAAUGAUUCCCACCUGUUAUGUGAGAAUGUGUGUACUUUGGAAAUUUGAAUUUAUCCAAAUAAGCCACCUACGGACUUGGAGUUUUGGCAGAAGACUUCUAAACUCAAAGCCCAGUCCAAAUGGAUCAGGUCCCAAGCUUGCUCACUUGGAGUUUCCUCUGUACUCGUUCCAGACCGCAUAGGUAGCCUUGUUUCUGAGGGCAGCCUUAGGGGUAAAGGUAUAGAAGGUAGUAGGUAGUAAAUGCACUGGAGAUUGAUUUUUUCUUGGUUCUGGUGUUUCAGAAGUCUUAGAUUUUCACAAGAACCAGCAAAAUCAGGAGUGGGAGUUGGGGGAAUGGAGUAGUCCUAAAAGUCCCUCCCCUUAGAUCUUUUCUGACUUAACACGCUGUUUGGGUCUGUCCUAGUACUAUGGCCUAUCACAAAGGACUGUUUUAAAAGAGAAACAAGCCACAGCCUUGCUGGACAAGUCUUCAACACUGGCAGUAGAGUGCGGACCCUGAGCCAUGGGAGGCAAGGGUUUCCAACUAUUUCUGGAGGCAAGGAUGAUCCUGACCAGUGAAAUGAUGCUGAUGGGGGUGCCUGUUGUCAGGAUGUGUGGAAACUCAGUCCUAAGGGUUUCUACAUGGUUUAGUCAAUCUGACUACAUGCCUAGCUUGGCAGAAUGGAGGUGGGCAAGUAGUGUUGACAGGAUGAGGGUAGGCUUUUGGGGCAAAGCAAAUGAUUGAGGGCAGUUACAAAGUUUAGACAAAGUUAAAACUGGGCAAUUCCUUAGCUCCUUUUGCAAGACGUCUCUAGGGAAGUGUAGUUUGAAUAUUUCUCGAGAUUUUAAAGUGCUCAUUUCUUUUCCUCUUCCUUUCUUCCUGUUUUUGGUUGAAUAUUCUGUAAAGACAAUCAGAGGCCUGCCAGGGCAGGAUUUCUGGCUGGUUCCAGCACUGUCCUUAGGGCUCUUUCUAAUACAAACUCAUUGGAAUUGAUGCACUUUGUUUAAUGUAUGUUAUCCUUUUUUUUUUUUUUAAGCUGCUUGUUUGGAACAAAAUGAAAUGCGUAUUGCAUUGUAUCCUUCCUGCUUGAUGUUUUUCUCUUAAUUUUAAAAGUUAUGGAUUGAGGAUAAAGUAUACUUAAGGAGAAAUAUGCACAAGAAUACCUAUUAAAUAACUCCCAUCAAGUUUGAUGGUAUAACUUCAAGGGAUUAAAAAUUAACUAUUUUGGAUGAA